GUGAUGAACAGGAAGUGUUGUUCCACCUGUGUGUGCAGGUAAACAGGUAAACAGGUGAGGCUGCGAUGUGACGCUGUUUGUCCACGCAGACACGGACAUUAACGGUAAUCUAAGUCAAAGGAUCGUUAAUCGUUAGUAAUCGUCGUUAAUCGUUGGUGGGCGAUGGAUAAACUGAAGUCGGUGCUCAGUGGAGAAGAAGCGCGUCGAGAAGACAGGACCGUGUUAGAGACUGUAAAUGAAGCCUCGUCGCUGAGCUGGGCCACGCGCAUCAAAGGCUUCGUGGCGUGUUUCGUGGUGGGAGCCGCGUUCACGGUGCUGGGGGUGUGUGUUCUCUUCCUCCCCAGAAUCGGCCUCACGCUCUUCAUCGUCUUUUACACCUUUGGAAAUCUUUGUGCUCUGGGCAGCACCAUGUUCCUCAUGGGACCGCUCAAACAGCUGAAGAGGAUGUGCGAUAAAACCCGAGCACUCGCCACCACCAUCAUGAUUACCUGCCUGGUGUUGACUCUCUGCGCCGCCUUCUGGUGGAAAAACUUUGGACUGGCUUUGUUAUUUUGCAUCUUACAGGUGUUAUCAUUUACCUGGUACAGUCUGUCGUACAUCCCCUGUGUGAGAGAAGCCCUUUUAAAGAUGUUGGCCACGUGUAUGAAGUGAGUUGAAGCUUCAGGCUGGAUGACGUGAAGGGGGCGGAGUCUCUUUACUGACGUGUCUGCUGCGACGCCCCCUGCUGUUCACACAUGAAGACACAUUUUACGUCUAUUGCUGUUUCCUCUUCUUGUUUUUACCUCAUUCUCUAAAAGAAUCAGACAUGACUGAGAUUUAAGUCUGAGGGAAAAAAGUCUAACUUUAAAGAUUCUAACUUUAUUCUUAGAAAAGUCUGAACUCUGAGAGAUUUAAGUCAGAAUUCUGACGUUAGUAACAGAUUAGAAUCAUGUUUUUUUCUCAGAAAUUAGAUUGAAUUCUAACUUUAAUCUCAGAUUACUUAGAAAAAACUCCAGAACUCUUAACUUUAAUCUCAGAAAUCUGAUUUAUAAUAUUUUAUAGAGUUUUGAAGAUUAAGAAUAUUAAAGUCUGAAUUGUGCGGUUUGUAUUGUCGUUAGAAAUCUGAGAUUAGAUUCAGAGUUCUGAUUUAAUCUCCAAUUUCUGGGUGGAAAAAGUACUCUGAGAGAUUCAAGACAGACAUUUGUGAGAUUAUGAUUCUGUUUUUUUUCUCAGAUUCUGACUUUGAUCUUCGAAUUUUGGCUUUUUUAAAUUACAUUUGUAACAUAUGUAAAUGUUUGUAAUAAAUAAAUGUUAAUGUUUUA